AGGACAUAAGUUGACCACUUAAAAAUGUGAUUAUUACAAGAACUACACUUGAAGAUCUUAUACAAAUUCAACGUUUGAAAUCUUUAGGGUUUAAGUAUCCAGCAUCCCAAGACGAGAACUGCCUCGGUGUGAACCAUCAUCAUGUAAGAAACACUUAUGUUCAUAUAGUCGGAGAACACAUUGGCUUACUAGAUGAGUGGUGAUUCUGUUGCGGAUAGUACAGUCAAUCAGGCGAAGCAGAGUAUCCGCAGAUCUGAAAGUAUUACGAUGGAGCGGAUUGUUUCGUUCACCCUAGAGGAAGUGCCGGAGAGCAUUGCCAAGCUAGAAGACAAACUCUUCUCCUAUCUUUUGGACCUUGAAGGGCUUGCAUCUGGGAGACAGAGGCAGACCAUGAGCGGAGAGGUUGGAUUUGGGGUUCUCAAAGCAAUUGAUGACCAAACUAUCCAAGACAGAUUGCACUGGUAGAAAAGGUGAUCAAGGCUUUCAGGAGAGGUGUUACAGAGCAUGCAAACUGGAUCUGUGUGAAGGCCCCAGCCAAGUAUACGGUCUCGAGUAGGACACUGGUUCAGAACUAGUAACCAAGUAAGGAAACUAUGCUUAGGAAUACCUCUGUAUAUCCACACCGCAGCACGCCAAGGAACAAGAGGAGAGUCCUCAAGGAAGAGAUGAUAAACAAGCCCAGUAGAGUAACGAUUGUGGAUUUUGCCUUGCACUUCCCAUCCAAAAUAGUCAGCAUUAUCUGAGAAAGAUAAAGUAGUUAGAAAGAUGUGUAGGGAGACCUGCUGAUCGGUUCUCGGAUGAGGUAUUGCCCAAAGUCCCUACUCAUGGAGUUGAAAUAGAGUGGCAUCUUUCCUUAUUCCCAGUCUCUAGUCCCUUAGGAAAUUCGAUAGCCUGUCAAAAGGAGACCAAUUAUCUGACAAAAUCUGCAGGUUUGACCAUUACCCACUCGCAAUUUUAUCCAAUGAAAAGCAUCCUCUCUGAUUUUUAGCAGCUUGUUUGCCAGCCAAGUAUAGGUUGGCCGCUGUUUCAUAAUCCAGAAGUUGUUGAGAGAGCCAUGCAAGAAAAGAAGUUUGAACCAUGCCACCCAUGUUUUGUGAAGACUUGGUGUCAUGGUGCAACCGUAUAGAGUAAAUACUUUGAAAGCUAGUGAUCACAACCACGGAUGGACCGAGAAUACCAUCUUUUUAAGGAUAAUCAUAAUAAGAACUUUUCGAGAAUAUAAUAUUUAUUUAUUCUACAAUAUCUUUAAAAGAAUUUCUAAAAUAAUAAUGAUAAACUUUUUCA